CAUUUCAUGUCGUCUUUCAGCUCCUCCUGACAGACAAACGUUGCUGCAUUUGGAGAUUUUUUUGUUAGUGAAAAUGCUGAAUACUCGACAGUAAUUAGAUACAUUGAUAACACAGUGGUUGGGCAUUUUAAUGUUGCUAGAAUGGACACGAUCAUGGGAUUAAUCUCGGUAUUAUUGUCUCUCGGAUUUAUUUCCAUUUUUCUUCAUCCUGUACGUGGAGAUUUGAGCUACACUGUUCCGGAGGAAACGAAACGUCAAUAUGUGAUUGGACAUUUAGCAAAGGAUCUCGGAAUUGAUGGUAAACGUUUAUCAGCUCGUAAAGCUCGGGUGGAGACAGAGGACAGCGCGAAACGGUACUGCGACAUUAAUCUGAGUAGUGGAAAUCUGGUCGUGGCGGAAACAAUAGACCGAGAGGAGCUUUGCGGCUCAAUCAUCUCUUGCUUUCUUAAUUACGAGCUUGUGUUGGAAAAUCCUCUUGAAGUGCAUCGCAUUUCACUGCAGAUUGAGGAUGUAAACGAUAACUCUCCCGUUUUCCCUAAUGAGCGCAUCAUCUUUGAAAUUACAGAGUCGGCUCAUAAAGGCGAGCGUUUCCCGUUGGAGGAAGCUCAUGAUUUGGACACAGGUCUUAAUGCAGUUCAAGGAUAUUCACUUGAAAAAAAUGAUCAUUUUAUUUUAUCUGUGCACGAGAACGCGGACGGAGGAAAAUCCGCUACAUUGGUCCUGGAGAAAGAGCUCGAUCGUGAAAAGCAGAAAGACAUGAAUUUAAUUCUUACCGCAUUUGAUGGCGGUAAUCCACCGAAAUCAGGGACAGCAGUAAUACACGUUAUUGUUCUGGAUGCCAAUGACAAUAUUCCUGUGUUUAGUCAACCUGUGUACAGAGUGAGUCUAGCUGAAAACACGCCUUUAGGCACGGAGGUGAUUACAGUCAGCGCGACUGAUGCUGAUGAAGGAGCCAAUGGUGACAUCACGGUGAGUGGAAACAUCGAUUAUGAGGAUAUAAAAUAUUUUGAAAUGAGAGUUCAGGCUAAAGACAGUCCUGGCCUAGUAUCAUCUGCUAAAAUUAUCAUAGACAUCACUGACGUCAAUGACAAUGAACCUCGAAUUAUUCUUAAAUCAUUAAACGACCCAAUACCUGAGAACACUGUAGAAGGCACUGAGGUGGCCAUUAUUAAUGUACAAGAUAAAGAUUCGGGUGAUAAUCGACAGGUCCGUUGUUAUAUUCAGCAAAAUGUUCCUUUCAAAUUAAACCCAUCCAUCAAAAACUACUUUUCUUUAGUAACUACAAGCAUGCUGGAUCGAGAGAAAGAAUCAGAUUAUAACAUAACAAUCACUGCUACUGAUGGAGGAUCUCCAUCUUUAUCCUCAUCUAUAACCAUUCAUUUAACUGUAUCUGAUGUGAACGACAAUCCUCCUGUAUUUGAACAGCAAUCCUACACUGCAUAUGUAAUGGAAAAUAACAAACCAGGAACUUCUAUUAGUUCUGUUACUGCAAGAGACCCAGACUGGAGGCAGAACGGUACAGUACUGUAUUCUCUGGUGUCCAGUGAGAUAAACUCUCUUCCAGUGACCUCAUUUUUAUCCAUUAACUCAGAUACAGGAGUGAUCCAGGCUGUGAGGUCAUUUGACUACGAAAAGUUCAGAAACUUUAAAGUCCAGGUUGUAGCCAGAGACAACGGUUCUCCUCCACUCAGCAGCAACGUGACUGUGAGUGUGUUCAUAUCAGAUGAGAAUGAUAACUCUCCACAGAUAUUAUACCCUGCUCCAGAGGGAAAGUCUUUAAUGACUGAGAUGGUCCCUAAAGCUGCUCUCUCUGGCUCUCUGGUCUCCAAAGUGAUCGCUGUGGAUGCUGACUCUGGACAGAACGCGUGGCUGUCGUAUCAGAUAGCCAAAUCUACCGAUCCGGGACUUUUCACUAUCGGUCUCCAUAGUGGAGAGAUCAGGGCUCAGAGGGACAUUACUGAAUCUGACAGCAUGAAACAGAACCUUGUCAUCUCUGUGAAAGAUAACGGACAGCCGCCUCUCUCUGCUACCUGUUCUGUAUAUUUACUUAUUUCUGAUAAUCUUGCAGAAGUUCCUGAACUUAAGGACAUGACUUAUGAGGAGAACAAUUCCAAACUGACUUUUUAUCUGAUCAUCGCGCUAGUUUCCGUGUCCACCUUCUUUCUGACUUUCAUUAUUCUGAUCCUGGCUGUGAGGUUUUGCCACAGGAGAAAGCCCAGACUGUUGUUUGAUGGAGCGGUCGCCAUUCCCAGCGCGUAUCUCCCUCCUAACUAUGCAGAGGUGGAGGGAGCUGGAACUCUCCGCAGUUCUUACAAUUAUGACACGUAUCUAACGACAGGAUCACGUACCAGUGACUUCAAGUUCAUCACAUCUUACAAUGACAGCACUCUUGCUGCUGGUGGAACUCUGAUAAAGGGCCAAAAUGACACUAUAGGAACAAACCUUAUUACACUUACUAACACAGGAGAGGGGGAUGAGAUUCCAAUGUUGAUGGACCUCAGUGGUGUGAACUCAAACACAGGAGAUAAUCCAGGUCUGAUAAACUAA